AUGUCGGUCAAGUUCCAACGAGAUCUCGAGGUAGGUACGAGCGCGACCUCGACGGUGGCUAUGCACGCGCGUCCCUUGCCCGGAACGUCGAUGCGUCACCGCCGCACGCACAAGUCGCAGCCAAGUUGGUUCGCAAAAGCCGCAAUCCUCGACCGCUCUGAGCUGGGCACCCGCCCGAGCCCCGCAGUGGGCUACGCCAUCCUAGCGUGCUCGGUCCUCUUCCUGCUCGUCGGCUCGUACGCGGUGUUCUUCAGCGCGUUCUUCCCAGAAACGGGUGUAUGGCCGCUGGACGUUCUUGCGAGGGAUACCCAUUACAAGUACCUGGCGAUCAUGCUCAUCCCCGCAGGGACGGGCUUCGUGAUCGCGAAUUGGGUGGGAUGGCAAUAUUAUAGGAAUUCAUGA